AUGUUUGCAUCAUGCCUUGUGGUGCGGGCUGGCUACAAGUGCCGUUUUGCGUGCCCCCGUCGCCGUGUCCAGGGUGCUGCGGCGAUGCUGUUUGCGCGGGCGGCGUGUUGUGGCCGUCCAGGCAGCGAGCGGCGGAGUAUGUGCCGUGGCGGCAGCGCGGACAACACGGCGCCACACCCCGGCGCUCUGGCGAUCGUGCCGGGAGACUCGCUCCUCACAUCCGAAGGACUCCGGAGCUACCGUGACGGUUAUCUCAGACCGCUCUUGCUGCAGAAGCGCCAUGCAUUGCAGCAGCUGACGGGCAUUAAAACCCACUGUGAGUUGGUGUCGCUUCAGUACGCGGACUACUACGCGGCAGGCGUCUUUGUGUUGUUGACGGCGCAGGCAGUCACGCUCUUCUACUGGGUGUACUUCCUCUUUGAUUGGAACCUCGUGGAGCCCAUCACGUACCUGCUUGGCUACGGCGGGGUGUGGCUUGCCAUCGCCUGCCACGCGGCAACGCAACGAGACUUUACCUACGAAGCCUGCACUGGGAUGAUCGCCGCGCACUACCUUUCCCUGCUCCACCGCCGCCACAAUUUUGACGUGCAGCUCUGGCAGCGGCUGACGGCGGAAGUAGAGCUGCUGGAGGAGCGACUGCGGGGGCUGGAAGGCGUCUGA